ACAAAACAAACCACCGCGAGUCCGUCUCGUCUCGUCGCCUCCAAUUCCAAAAAACCCUGGUUCGCCCAAGGUCGACGGCCUCACCGCCGUCUCUCUCCAUCUCGAACCCACCUCGUCACCUCCAAAAACCACCGCGACCUCGUCGCCUCCAAUUCCAAACAACGCUGAUUGUUGUUUGCCCCAAAGUCACCGUCGGCGGCGCCAUCGCCGCCUCCUAGUCUGAAGUACUAAAGUCUCAGGGACAACAGAAGUUAUUAGUUUUAUAAAUCAUGGGAGAUCGUAGGAGAUGUUUGUCGCCUUUAACCUCAUCAACCUUUCACUGCCCCAAGCCUGAUGUCAAUCCAUUGUCAAUUGACUCAGAACUCUGGUUAAUGGCUGAGCAUAGAAUCUUUGAGAUUUUGUGUUGUAUUCAACCUGCUUCGGCAUCUGAGAAGAAGAGGGAUGAGGUUAUUUCAUAUGUUUCGAGGUUAAUUAAAGCUCAUUACAGAAGUGAGGUUUUUGCGUUUGGAUCGGUACCCUUGAAAACCUAUCUACCAGACGGAGAUAUUGACCUGACUAUACUCAGCCACCAGAAUACAGAGGAAGGAAUGGCUGAGGGUGUGUCUGAUAUCCUCCAGGGUCAUGAGCACGACCCAAAAUUCGAUGUGAAGAAUGUCCAAUAUAUAGAAGCUCAGGUCAAGAUCGUAAAGUGUUUGGUGAAUGACAUCUCCGUGGAUAUCUCUUUCAAUCAAAUGGCAGGUCUUUCCGCUCUCUGCUUUCUGGAGCGGGUUGACCAAAUUUUGGGGAAUGAUCAUAUUUUGAAACGAAGUAUUAUCUUGAUAAAAGCCUGGUGCUUUUACGAGAGCCGAAUCCUUGGUGCAUACCAUGGAUUGAUUUCAACAUAUGCUUUGGAAAUAUUGGUUGUGCAUAUAUUCAACCUGUUCCAUUCGUCCUUGAGUGGUCCUUUAUCAGUUCUGUAUAAAUUUCUGGACUACUAUAGCUCUUUCGACUGGGACAACCAUGGGGUGUGCAUAAAUGGCGUAUUUAAAAUAUCUUCUCUUCCAGAUAUAGUGGUAGUGGUACCUGCAGAGAAUGGAAGUCGAUUGUUGCUUGGGCCUGACUUUUACAACUACUGUAAAGAAACAUUUGCUAUUCCUGUUAAAGAACUUGACAGUGGGAGGCAUGAUUUUGUUGUUAAGCACAUCAACAUCGUGGACCCUUUAAAAGACAGCAACAACUUGGGGCGAAGUGUUAGUCGAGGCAAUCUCCACCGGAUAAAAUGUGCCCUUUCCUUUGGGGCUCAGAAGCUUCGAGGAGUCCUCAACGGACCAGGAGAAUAUAUAGGCAUGGGAUUGGAGAAAUUUUUUGCUAACACUCUAGGCAGGAAUGGGACAGGACAAAGAGCUGAUGCUAACAGUCCAGUACCUGCAUUUGGCACUGGAAGAAGUGACGCAUGUGAUCUCAAUGGAGACUACGACAGAUGCCAUAGUGGUCUGCUGCAGGGGCAGUGGUAUCACAAUUACAGACUACCGGAUCAUUUUCAUAACAUUCCUUCAACCCUGCUGUCUCCUUCAGAAAUCUUGUCGAAGAAGAGUCAAAUAUUUUCUUGGACUGGGCAAAAUGGUCAUCCUCAGAAAGGCACCAAAGCAUUUUUGCAACGAGGGCUGCCAGGGCUUUGCCCUUGCCCUUCAAAACGCUGUACUACUGGCAUUGAUGGGUUAGGAAAUUUAAGAGGUACGGGCACAUACAUUCCCGAUAUGGUAAGUCUAGUUUCUCCCACUGUUUAUAGAUAGUAGCAUAAAGUUACCUGCCUUAUCUAUUUCAGUGAAACAGUAAAACUCGGUUGGUGCAGGCUCGUUACAAAGAAAUAUGGUCCAGGAUGAAGAGCCUGGAGAAUCAAGCUUUUCUUAAUCAGGGAGCACCAUGUCAAUCUCCUGAGAUGACUUACCAAGUCCUUGCUCAAGCUGAAGCUAACAGCUGGAUUGAUCUCCGACCAGAGAGUUUCCCUUUGCUUCCCUCUAUCAACGGAUCAUCCAAUUUAUUCAGUGGUAACCAGGUGCAUCAUGUUGGUGAUCAUGGCUUUUUGCAUCAUCUCACCGACGAGUCUAGUUCCUCUUCGGGGCAAACAGAUUUCAGGACUUCCAGUGAAUCAUCAUCAUCAUCAUCGUUCUUUCCAGCAUCAGACCCAGAAGCUUCAUUGGUUGGUGGGGACCAAGUUGAUGAUUCUCAUUUCUCAUCCAGUUUGGCUUUUUCUAUGACAGAACACGAGAAACUGGAGGAAUUAAGGGUUGCAAGAGAAGAAGAAUACUGUCAAUUGAAAGAGGAGGAUUUCCCUCCCCUGCCCAGUUAUGUGGUUGAGCCCAAUAGUGUUGCAAGAGAAGAAGAGUGCCAAAUGAAGAACCUGGAUUUCCCUCCUCUAGCAGGCAAUUCUUUGGUUGUACCCUGUCGGGUUACAAGUGAAAAAGAGUACCCACUGGAGAACCAGGAUCUCCCUCCUUUAGUUCGCGUCUCUGUGGUUGAGCCCUGUAGGGUUACAAGAGAAGAAGAGUAUCAACUUAAGAACGACGACUUCCCUCCUUUGGUAAGCAAUUGCGUUGUGAAGCUGUGCAAGGUUGCAAGAGAAGAAGAGUCGCUUCUGAAGGAGAAGGAAUUCCCUCCUUUAGGCAUUUCUGUAGGGCUGCAGGAGAAGAAGAAGAAUUUGUACUGAAGGAGGAUAAUGAUUCCUCUCAUUUAGUAAGCAAAUGUGUGAGCCAUUACGAUGAGUGGCUUGAGGAGUUGAAAGUUGGAGCUUCAGUCCGGACAGAAAAGUAGGGGUACGACCUAGAAGCGGUCAUUUUUCUUGUUGCAGUUAUAAUUUUUCUCGUCUUCUUUGUCGAACCCAUGAGAGGCAUGCUGAAUGGAAGCUGAUUUUCUCCCAAUUCCAGCUCAUGUAGAGAGAUCUUAGGGAAAUACAAUUCUGAUUAGCUAUCAGGUAAGCUCAACCCUGGUUUUUCUUUUGUUACAGGCUAGCGGCAGCAGUGAUGUUUGUUUCAGUACACUGAUUGAAUGAUUGAUUAUGGAGAUUGAAUUGCAUGGGGUGUGGUUGGGGUUUGGAUUUGGUUAUAAAAUGGUGCUUGGCAGUGGAAACAAAUCCCUCAAACUC